AUGCUUUUGGUGUAUAAAUGCCUAAUUAAACGGGGAGGACUUGUGGAGAGCGACAAACCAACAGAUGUUCGGAAAGGAGCUAUGGAAGCUGUGGACGAGUGUGGUUUGAGAGUCACCGUCGGUGACGUGGCAAGCAGAGCCGGGUUGAAACCGAAGCUCAGAAAGCGGUUCAAGCUACUGAUGGGUUUCUCGAGGUAUCGGAUGAAGGUGAUGUGCUUUAUGUUUUCCCAAGGGACUAUCGAUCUAAGUUGGCUACCAAGUCGUUACGGAUACAGAUUGAACCCUUUCUUGACAAGGCUAAGGGUGCUGACCUGACUCGUGUUUCCUUUGGAACGGCGCUUAUUACUUUCAUUAUACUCUUAUGUACGUGUCAAGAUACGAGAG